AACCUGUGAGGUUCAAUAUGUGUCUAUCCUCAUUCAACGCGUCUAUGUGUCCGGCACUCCAACAUCACUCAACCCGUGGGGUUCCAGCAGCUAUCCCCACGCAACCCGUCUAUUUGUCUGGCAAUCUCAAACCUCCCCUUUCCGUGGGGUUUCAGUAUACAGCUAUAAUCACUCAACACGUCUAUGUGUCCGGCAAUCUCCUACAUCACUCAACCUGUGAGGUUUCCGUAGGCAAUCCUCACUCCACGCAUCCAUGCGUCACGCGUCUUUGGUAGCGCAUACUAUGACUAUGAGGGCUAUAUUUGGGGUGGCGUGUUUUACAGCGCUUUGCCAACAGCGCCAACCCACUGAAGUCUAGAUUGCGGGGGGGGUGGGGGGGGUCCAUGAACUUGAGAUUGUAUUCGUAGAAUUGUGUGGUACCACUCAACAACAACAAUGCCGACCGUGUGCGUGAAACCUCAAGAGCGGGAAGGGGUUGUGACGGACCCCUGUGGCGGAGGAGAGGCGUACCGCCUGCUGUACGUGAGCGCGUGCUCGGUGGCCUUCGUGAACGCCAUGACCUUCUCCGUGCUGGGGCCGUUUCUGCCCGCGUACAUUGCGGACAGGUUCGGCAGGACCUCCACGCAGGUCGGUAUGAUCAUGGCCGCCUAUCCCGCCGUGAACCUCGCCGCCUCCCCACUAGUGGGCUGGGUCAUGAACAGGUACGGCAGGUGGAAAUCCCUCUUCGCCGGGCUUCUUCUCCUGACGGUCGCCACGGCGCUUUACGGGUUGGCCUCCUCCGUGACCUGGCUCUACAUCGCCAGCGGCCUGCAUGGGGCUUCGCUGUCCUUCAUCCACGUCAGCAGCCUCGGCCUGCUCAGCGCCUACCCGGACCGACUGACGGAGUCCAUGGCUGGCAUAGAGGGUGCCCAAUUAAGAUGA